UGGCCUAUUCUACUAUUCUUAUUAUAUCUCUAUGGUACAUGUAUAAGCCAUAAUGUUUGUGCGCGUCAAUAAUGAUACAUCUACUGCUGAUUGUCUAAUAAUAGCAAUGUCAGAAUGAUUGAAAAAUCAAUAAUAUUAAUGUUCAUGUCUGUUUAUAGGUAAACUCGAAUUUUGUCAACUACGGAUUCUAAGUUACAUCGAAGCCAAGGAUUUGUAUCCAAGCAUUAUUCCGUUCGUUAGGUGCAAAUGCGAUCACUUUAUAUUUGCGCAGUGUUACCAUAGGGAAGAGGCUAUCAGAUACUGGUUAUGAUGAGAAUUGUUCAGAAAAUGAAAGUUUUUAUCAUCAUAGUAUGUCUAAUUACUAAGAUUGCAACUAGUAAGGCUUUGGAAUCUAAUUUCAAAUACCUAUUUACAGAGAAAUAUGUUCAACUAACUACUGGUACACUUAUAGUGGAUACAAACUGUCCGGCAUUGUGGUAUUUAGACAAAACUAUAAGUGAAGAUAUGCCCACUGCAUACAACUAUACAUACGAAGAAUCUGCCAUUUACUACUUGUUGACUAUUACUGAUUAUGUCAAUAUAACGUCAGUUACUACUGAGGAAAGUGACAUAACACACAAUACAUCGUCACCAGCAGCAUCACCACAACCACCAUUAUCAUCAUCAUCCCCACCCCCACCAUUAACAAUGUGUUCCAAUUCAACAAUAUUGGAAAAAACAUAUGGUGCGCGGUAUAAUGGUAGACUUUCUGGAGUUUUUGAGAGAAUGAAGUUUGUUGACGGUAAUGGACGCACUUGGAAUUACUCCACAGCAGUGUUUUCUGUAUCUGGACCGUUAAUUUUAAGUGGAAACUUGACAGUAGCAGUAAUUGGUUAUCAUUCGUUUCGGUUGGAGAGUCUGAAUAGCUUUAUUUUAAUAAACGUUCCGAUUGACAUCAGUGGACAAAAUGGCGGUAUCAACAAGGAUAAUUAUGCUGGAGGUUUCGGAGGUAAAGCGGGAGGCCCAGGCGCAGGUGGUGUUCCACGUAUUUCAGGUACUCCAGGUGGUGGAGGCUUUGGAGGUUUCGGUGGCGGCAACUUUUCGUACUUCGACAAACUUUUCAACGAGUCAUUUUCAUUCGGUGCAGAAUAUUCCUUUACAGAGUCUUUAAUUGGUGGAAGUGCAGGUGCAAAAUGGAACAAGUCGACCGUUGUACGUUUGCGCGGAGGUGGGGCCAUGGAACUUAAUGCAGCCUCUACAAUUUAUGUCUAUUCUUUGCUAAGGGCGGACGGUCAGUCAAGUUCAAACGUAGAGGAAAAAGUGGAAUGUGUCGGUGGUGGUAGUGGCGGAAUGUUCCUUUUCAACGCAUCCUCAAUUGUGUUCGGUGGCAAAGGUUUUCUCUCUGUGUUGGGCGGGAAUGGUUCUGUUGAUGAGAAAGAUCAGCCUAAACACUGUGGUGGAGGCGGAGCCGGUGGAGUUAUCCAGUUAACUGGUCGGAUUUCUGUGGCCGAUUCAAUAAGAUUGAUUACUUCCAUGUCCGGAGGCAACGGUCACCCGAAGGGUGAAGAUGGUAGUUUGAAAAAUGUACCGCGGAACAGAGGAGGUUACAGUAGAGAUGGAACUCCGAUCGGUGUGUCAAUUAUGCUGCCGCCGCCGCAACCACCACUAAGCGGAGAAGAAAAGAUAGAGGAAUCCACAGGGGAGAUAAAGGACAAAAUAAACAUGAAGCCACCUUCCGAUCUCCGGCACCAUGACGAGAGAGAGAAAUUUGUUAAAGAUGUUGUUGAUGAUUUUGAUCAAAUAUUGAAUGAGACUGAUAUGGGCUCUUCUAAAGAUAUGAGCACGUUGGUAUUCGAAGUGGAAGACACGGUUUCACUUCUUGCAAAAACUCUCCAAGAAGCCAAGGAUGAUAACGAAACCCUUUCUGUCACCGCAUCAAACAAUGCCUUUGAAGUGGUCAUUUCUAUAGAAGAAGCAGUAACGUACGAGGGAACAGCGCAUCAAGCGCGCCAGUUAUCGAUCUAUAUUCCAGAAACAAUUAUUGAAGACAAUUUUACAGAUGAUGUUGUAACAUCUUUAGUGUUUUACAACAAUCUUGCAGAAAAUCUUGACGGAUCUCUCGACACAGCAGGAGAAAACGAUACGUAUUAUGCUAAUGGGCGCAUGCUGUCUGCAACUAUUCAACUUGACAACGUAACGCAACUUGAUUUUGUGAAGCCUAUAAAAAUUGUCUUUGAGCAUAUUAACCAGAAUGCAACAGAAGAAACAAGUCACUGCGUGUACUGGAGCUAUAACGAUACGUACUCAACUGGAGGGGUGUGGUCUACAUAUGGAUGCAGGAAAGGUGAAGUCAAUACAACACAUACCGUGUGUUACUGCUUUCAUCUCACAAGUUUCUGCGUCCUCCUACAGGUCGCGGACGUACAGCUUGAUGAUUCAAAUUCGACUGCUUUGAGUUUAAUAACGUAUGUUGGACUCACGUUGACGUUGGUUACGUUAAUCAUCACUCUCAUCAUCAUGGUGGUAUACUUCAAAAGACUCAACUACGAGUGCACGUCCAUACAUAUCAACCUAGUCAUAGCUUUGAUAAUUGCCGACGCCCUAUUCCUUUUUGGAAUUAAUAAAACCAGUAAGAAGGGUCUCUGCACCAGUAUUGCUAUCUUCUUGCACUAUUUUUACCUUGUGGUCUUCAUGUGGAUGGCAGUGGAAGCACUACAUAUGUACAAUAAAGUGCGCAGUUUGAACCAGAGCUCAAGGAGGAAAUUUUACAUGUACUAUCCAAUAGGAUGGGGAAUUCCUGCUGUUAUAGUGAUCAUAACAAUGGCAGUAAGAAUCGAUGGAUACGGUACAGACACUGCAUGUUGGUUGGACAUCAGCAGCGGGACAGUUUGGGCAUUCAUAGGCCCAGUUAUAGUUGUUAUAUCGCUGAAUGUAAUCAUAAUUGGUAUGGUUCUGAAGAUAUUUAGCGGCGUCAAGACCAUCAAAUCAAAGCCCAAGAGAGAGCAAAUACGCCGCACGUUACGUGCAAUGGUGAUUUUGUUGCCCAUAUUUGGAGUGACUUGGAUAUUUGGUUUAAUGGCCUUCAACAGGCAAACGUUGUUCUUUCAAUAUAUGUUUGUCAUAUUCAAUUCAUUACAGGGAUUCUUCAUCUUCUUGUUUCAUUGCUGUUUUAACGUUGAAAUUAGAAACCUUAUUAGCAGCCAAUUGGGGAUCAAGGUUCACGACGGUACCGCAGAAAGUCAAUCAAAAAGCAGUAGUACAAGAAGAACACAAGGUACGGUAAUCAAUUUCAUUUUCAUGGUCGCUAGUUUAAUAAACUCUACCAGUUACACUGCCACCCAAAACCCUAAAAAGUAUUAAGAGUUGUUGAGUUGAAAGAACAAACAAGCUACCGACUGUUGUAUGCCCAUAUAUGGUUAUGAUGUGAUGUCAUCAUGACAAUGUUUAGGCAUGUCAUAUAUUUUUGUCAAAAUAAAAUUUGAUAGUCUGGAGAGGGCGUAAAAAGACUAAUAAUCGCAUAUAAACACCAGCAGUAUGUAAGAAUAUAUGUGCAUACCUGCCAACAUUCGAAUAUCAAAAAGAGGGACGCUAUUCAUUGGUGCAACACCCCCUACCCCACCCCAAACAAUUGUAAGAUGGUAAUUAUAUAUCCUAAUUCCUUUACAGUUGCUUUAACUAAAAAACAAGAGUUACUUAAUUCCAAAUGUACUGUUUAUUUACCUCACAACCAACACAAAUAUUUAAGUUACAUUUUUAAUCAGUAGGCCUAUAGAUUCACCUUGAAGGGCGCGGUAUGUUGCUUGUUUCGCUGAUCUCAUAACGUCAUUAUUUAGAUGAAUGACACUUAAAAUAUUAAAAUAUCUUUGUUCAACAUUUGAAGUUUUUGUUGUCAUGCUAGCUCGAUGCUUGUGCUUGUUUUUUCAACAAUAGAGGAAACGCUCUGUCACUAAUGUUAUGAAAUAUUACCUUAGUUCCCCGGGUAUAGUCCCACCUCGGGUAUAAUCCCACCCCCGACUUUACGCCCAACUUCGCGUACAAGAAUUUUCCCGGGUAAAGUCCCAGGGUAUAAAUUGGGUGAGUAUGCCUAGGCCGGUAAAUUUAACA